GGCUGCGUGUUGUCUUUCAUUUCAUUCUGACACCAACAUGUCUCUCCUUCAACAAAUCAUCAUUGCUUCCCUGGCAGCCUUCGUGGCCGCUAAUUGUCCCCCGAAUUUUUUUGAGUCCGGGGGCCUCUGCUUCAGCGUCAUUGACAAGCCCGGGGUGAACAUGACGUGGGAGGAGUGCAGGGGUCUGUGUGAGAUGGAGGCGGAGGGAGAGUGGAAGGCCGACCUGGCUGUCUUUGACAAUGCUGAAGAAUUGGAAGCUUUCUCCAUCACCUGGCUCGAGAUCUCCAAUACCCUGCCCGACCAUCCCUACAUGUGGAUAGGCGUGCACAAGAUGGACGGCCAAUGGGUCACCCUAGACGGCACUCACAUCACUCUCCAGAACCUGAUGUGGCACGUGGGUCACCCUCAUGACAUGGGAACUAACGCUUUCCUGGAGGACAUCACCAGGACCACAGGCGAGAACUCCUACGGACGUCUGUACAUGAGCUGCUCGAUGGGCGUGCAUGAGCACCACAGCCGCUGCCUCUGUGAGGCUAAAUAAUAAAUUUAAGCAUAUAAUCUCCAACUCUUUCCUCUCUCUUUCUUCCUUAUUCUCUUACUCUUACUUCGCCUUCAUCUCUUCUUCUUCCCUCCUUCUAACUACUCCACACACAUGUUUAGUGUUUGGAACUAUUUGAUAAGCAGAGCUAGUGAAGAUAGCUGUCCAAGAAUAUUUUCAACACGAUAUGGAAAGAAAUCCUUCUGCGAAGAAAACAAAGAACUUCGAACUGCACACGAAGGCGGAAAGCUAGAUAGUAACAUGCCUUCCUGACGCAUUCAUCCCUCGUAAACAAUUGGUUCUGUCAUGAGACACAUUCAUCAGCGUCUUGAAGAUCCAAGACUUAUUUUUUCAAUCAUCCCUUUAAGUUGUUGAGGCGCCGUUCAUAGAAAACUGAUCCACGUUAAUCGCAUGUGUAACUUUUGUGUCUCUAAAUUGUGUUUUAUAUGAAGUACUGUAUUCGGCAUUUCAAGUUUUUCAUCAUACGAAACAAUAAAGAUAUAUUUUUUC